AUGGUUACGUUUGUAUCGAUAUCAUUAUUAUUUAUACAUUCAAUUAUAAACGAUUGGUUAACAAACAAUACGCCUUACACUCCUGAAGUACGCCACGAUAAGAUAGUGAUUGUUAUUUAUCAAGACUCGUCAAAAUUAUCAACAGUAGGAAAGACAAUGCACUACAUCUACGUACUAGGGUUUACCUUGCUCCUCCAGCAAGCCCAUGGCAGCUGGUUGGAAAAUCGUAUAGAACAAAUGACCUCACCACUACUGGAACCAAUAAACAACUUAAAUGACGAAAUACAAGCGACUGUGGCCGAACUGGAAGCGAAGCAAGCGGAACUCGAAAAACAGAAGAUUUACCUCUUGGCCAAGCUGAAGACAACUCCAGAACAAUGCCUCAACAAAAACCUUCUGGCACACGCUAACCUCUACAGCCAAUGGAACUUGGAAGGGUGCCUGGACUUGGCCGGGGAUUGGAAGGACGGUGUGCUCUUCGGUAUGAAGUUCGCCAUUCACAGCUAUAACAUUACAACCGAGAUCUGGUCAUCAGUGAGCACUGCCAUGAAUUGCUCCGAGAUGAGUUUCUUCAAGGUCUUACCGUGCUAUUACAAAAGUAUUAAGUCUCUCAAGGAUGAAAUAUCCUAUUUGAAAGAAAAGAUUGCACCGCUUAUAGCGGAAGGUAAGAAAAUAGUGCUCAACAUGAGAAAGGACUUCAACUACUGUCUAGGCAUUCCUCAGACAAUGCAGUACAGGAUAGAGAGAAAUAUAGGCAACUGUGUUAGGAAUGGCCCUCAAACAGAAUUAGAAGAUCCUCAAAGAUCAUAUCAAGAAUUAUUUCAGUAACACAUGGACCAUUGAAAAACAAAUUCUUUUGUAUUGUUUGUUCAAAUAUUUGUUAAUUCCUAGACAAAUGAAAAUAGGUGAAACGUUUAAAAAUAAGUAAAAUAUGAUACUUAAUAGUCUUCGAAAUUGCGUAAAUUAUAAUUUUGUAAAUAAAUUCUACGAUAUUGCCAUUCACCCUUUCUUGUUUGAUACAAAUAAUAAAAUUGUUUAUAAAUGAAAAACUAAUUUUUAUUUAUAGAACAAAUCUACAUCUAUUCAUUUUCCUAUCAAAAAUCCGUCAAUGUUUCGAUGUUUUAUCACAUCAAGAUGCUCUUCUUUGAUAACAUAUACGAUAUCAAAUGUUGAUCCAUGGACAUCUCAUGAGCUCUAAACCGAAGUAGAAGAAACAGAUUAUUGAAAUUUAUGUAAAAAUAUCAGUAAGUAUUAAUAAUGUGAACAGAAAGAAAAAAAAUUAUAAUAUAUAAUGUAAUUAUAAAACAUAGAUGUUAACAUUAUAUACACUUCUUUAUUUAUGGUUUCUCGUCUCCACGCAGGUACUUCUCCGGAAUGGAGAGACGAACUAUGCAACAAUCA